UCCAGCUCUCUCCACCCUCUCCCCUGCAGUCGGAUCUCUCUCUUGGAUCGGAUCUCUCUCUUGGACCGGCUCAGGAUGGCACCCAGCGGACUCAAGGCGGUGGUGGGAGAAAAGAUCAUGCACGAUGUGAUCCGGAAGGUUAAGAAGAAAGGAGAAUGGAAGGUGCUGGUGGUGGAUCAGCUCAGUACUCGCAUGUUGUCUUCCUGCUGCAAGAUGACUGACAUCAUGACUGAAGGAAUUACAAUUGUUGAAGACAUUAACAAGCGGAGGGAGCCACUUCCAAGCCUGGAGGCCGUGUACCUGAUCACUCCGUCUGAAAAGUCUGUCCAUUCUCUCAUCAAUGACUUCAAAGAUCCUCCUUCGGCUAAGUACAGAGCCGCACACGUCUUCUUUACUGACUCUUGUCCCGACAGUCUGUUUAAUGAGUUGGUGAAAUCACGAGCAUCCAAAGUUAUCAAGACUUUAACUGAGAUAAACAUUGCUUUUCUUCCAUACGAGUCUCAGGUUUUCUCCUUGGAUUACCCCGAUUCCUUCCACAGUUUUUACAGCCCCCAUAAGGCUCAGAUGAAGAAUCCCAUCCUGGAACGCCUCGCAGAGCAGCUUGCCACCUUGUGCGCCACUUUGAAAGAGUAUCCAGCUGUGCGCUACCGUGGAGAUUACAAGGAUAACGCAAUGCUUGCACAGUUGAUCCAAGAUAAGCUCGAUGCAUACAAAGCUGAUGAUCCAACUAUGGGGGAGGGCCCGGACAAAGCUCGCUCACAGCUCAUCAUCCUGGAUCGGGGGUUUGAUCCAGCCUCUCCAGUCUUGCACGAGUUAACAUUCCAGGCCAUGAGCUACGACCUUCUUCCAGUGGAGAAUGAUGUCUACAAGUAUGAGACCAGUGGUAUAGGAGAGCAGCGUGUCAAGGAGGUCCUCUUAGAUGAAGACGACGAACUCUGGGUCACCUUGCGUCACAAGCACAUUGCCGAAGUUUCCCAAGAAGUGACACGCUCCCUAAAGGAUUUCUCAUCCAGCAAGAGGAUGAACACAGGCGACAAGGCCACCAUGAGGGAUCUUUCCCAAAUGCUGAAGAAGAUGCCUCAGUAUCAGAAGGAGCUGAGCAAGUACUCUACUCACCUGCACCUCGCCGAGGACUGCAUGAAGCACUACCAGGGGACCGUGGAUAAACUUUGCCGCGUGGAACAGGACCUUGCCAUGGGCACUGAUGCAGAAGGGGAGAAGAUUAAGGAUCCCAUGAGGGCCAUAGUCCCUAUACUCUUGGACGGCAAUGUCAGUACAUAUGAUAAGAUCCGCAUCAUUCUUCUGUAUAUCUUCCUGAAGAAUGGGAUCACUGAGGAGAACCUGAACAAGCUGAUCCAGCAUGCACAGAUCCCACCAGAAGAUAGCGAGAUCAUUACCAACAUGGGGCAUUUGGGCGUGCCCAUCAUCACUGACUCCACACUGCGUCGCAGGAGCAAGCCGGACCGCAAGGAGAGGAUUAGUGAACAGACCUAUCAGCUGUCUCGAUGGACACCAGUUGUCAAAGAUAUCAUGGAGGACACCAUUGAUGACAAGCUGGACACGAAACAUUACCCAUACAUCUCCACACGCUCCUCUGCCUCUUUCAGUACAACGGCUGUAAGUGCCCGCUAUGGACACUGGCAUAAGAACAAGGCUCCAGGGGAGUACCGAGCUGGCCCUCGUCUGAUCAUCUUCAUCUUGGGAGGAGUGGCUCUCAGUGAAAUGCGCUGUGCAUACGAGGUAUCACAGGCCAGCGGCAAAUGGGAAGUUCUCAUAGGUUCCACUCACAUAUUAACACCCAUCAAAUUUCUUCAAGACCUCAGACACCCAGACUUCCGAGACAGCAGUCGGGUGUCAUUCGAGGACCCGGCUCCCAUCAUGGAGUGAGGUCUAACGAGCUGGGACAAAAAGCUCUACCCAUGUCCUCACCCCUCAGAAACUCCUGGACGCUCUGAAGAGAUUGAAUAAGACAGAUGAUGAAAUCAGCAGUUAGGUUUCCCCCUAAACUCCCCAAACUGUUAUACCCCCCCAUCUCUUCUUACUCGUUCCUGCCCAUCCAAGCUGUUGAAGAUCAAUCUUCGGUCCUUUGCCCACCAGCAGAAAGAGAGUCUCUCCCCUUGCCCUACCCUACUUCCGAACCAAUGCUAAUUAUUGGCCUUUCAUCGAGGCUUCUUAACUUUAAGGCAUGGAUGUAUUUUUGGCCAUUUUGUACUCCUUCCCCCCCCCCUUGCAUUGUGGAGAUUGUAUCUGUCUGUUCGUCCUGGAAUUGUAAUGACGCCAGUGAAUUUCCGGAUCUUGUAUUUUGGAUUAUUGCCUACAUCCCGGGUCAAGCACACCAUAUGUGUUCACGUUUCGCUUCCCGUGCACCGAGGUUUUUCUCACUUGCACCGUUGCGUUGCUUCUUCAUAGGCAGCCACAAUGGGAGCCAUGUACUGCUUGUCUUUAUGUCUUCUAUGCAGUUUUUCCCACAACGCACCCGCCUUCCAUAUUCUGACUAGACAGGCAGUGGAGCAUUGCAGAGCUUUCAAACCUGCACCAGCCCCCUCCCUUGUGAUAAAACACAACCGGCAGAGGGGUGACCAUCCGGUGAUGUCGCGAAUCUCCAUCUCAGUCUAGAUAAUGCCGUGUCGGGCGCCCAUCUGCUCUGUUACAUUGCGUUUGUCCCAAGCAAAGCUUCCCGACCCCCGUCCCCUGUUCAGGAAAUGCGUGUUUCUGUAUUUGAGUGAGCUUGUCCUGCCCCACUACUUGGAAACGAAUGCUUGCAUCUUUAUUGUGUGUAGCAACCUAAAUGUCUAAGUUUGGUCCCGUCCUAUCUAUAAUAUAUGAAGAGAUAUUUAUGUUUCUAGAUAGAAGGGGUGAGGCUAAGGCCCUGACUGCAACUUUAACUUAUUAUCGCUAUUUUGCGUAUAUUUAAUGUAAAUAAUAUCCAGGGAGCCGUCUAAAAUUGUUGUGUUGUGAAGGACAAUGCAGUCUGUGAUAUCAUAGCCGCACACUCCACGCUUCUUACACAGCAGCCCUAUACGUUUUAGAUGAAAGACUGACUGGUAAGAGAAGGCAGAUAGACCUAGGACCGGACCCUCGGCCUCACUCCUCACCUUCCUGUAAUAUUUGUUCUGUGAUACAGUUUGUCAUUUUUGCCUGCAAAUAAUAAAGAGAUUUUAAAAAGCA